GUCGCGACGCACAAGCUUCCACAGGCAGCAUCUGCGUACGUACAUAUUAUCAUCCUCCACAACCAGCACUCCUCCGCCGCCCACUCCUGACCAGAUGGCGCCCUGGGUGUCGGCGAAAGCAAAGGUCCAACUCCGGUUGGCCAUUCAAAGACUGCGCACCCUCCAAGAGAAGAAGUCCGCGCAGGCGAAGACCGCGCGCCGCGAUAUCGCGCUGCUCCUCGAGAAGGGCAAGAUCGAGACCGCGAGGAUCAAGGUUGAGAACAUCAUUCAUGAAGACAUUUAUGUCGAGCUUCUCGAGCUCCUGGAGCUCUAUUGUGAGCUCCUGCACGCGCGAUUCUCCCUCCUCGAUCAGAAUACAAAGGAGCCUGACCCAGGAGUAAGCGAGGGGGUCUGCAGCGUCGUCUACGCCGCCCCUCGCACCGAGCUCAAAGAACUGCACGUCCUGCGCGAAAUGCUCAUGCACAAGUACGGGCGGGAAUUCUCCGUCGGCGUCAUGGAGAACCGGGACGGCUGCGUGAACGAACGGGUCGCCAAGAAGCUCGUCGUGUUCACGCCCGCGCCCGAGCUGGUCGACGCGUAUCUCGCGGAGAUCGCGAAGGGGUAUGGCGUCAAGUGGACGGCACCGUCAUCGACAAGCGACAGCGACGAUACCGGCGGCGAAGGCGGAGUGAAGGAAUCGAGCAUGGAGAAGACCCCGGCGGCACAAUCACCCAUGAGCGCAGAGAAGAUCUCGGCGGAGGCAAGGAGCGCGGGCGUGCGGACGCCCAAGCUCCCCGAGCUCCCCCCAACGGAGGACGACGACGAGCCCAAGGCCCCGGCGCCUGUGGACGAGUUCGAGGCGUUGGCGAAGCGGUUUGAGGCCCUCAAGAAGCGGUGAUGCAUACGGCGUAGGCCGCCUGUACCACCGAUGUACGGGACCUUGGGCCUUCUUGCUACUGUGAGUAUCUUGUUGGGGCCUUCGUAGGGCACGCGGUGAGGCACUGAGAGUUGACCCAGUUGCUUGGCUCUCGGACACUAUAUUGUAUUGCUAUCUGUCGAGUGUAUGAAAUUAUAGUGGUGCAAUGAGGUAUCGGAAAUGCAACUUCCGCAGGUCGUAGCUACGCCUCGACCG